AUGAGCCGGGACUACAAUGACCUUGCGACUAUGAGUGAGGAUGGUGACUGUGAAAUUCAGCUCCGAAACGCUUCCCAGAAACGCCCCCCGGGGCUAUCAUGGAGGCAACGAAUCUGCCCCAGCCGUCGCCUGGUCCUGAUCCUGCUGGGAGUGGGCGCCAUCCUCACCAUCGCAAUCAUUGUCUUUGGCGCCAAAGGCAGUGACCACAUCUCCCAGUUAUUGGGGUUGAAGGAUGAAAUCACAAGCAUGAAUCAAAGUCUUGGUGAAGGGAUGGUCGCUUCCCAGCACAAGGAGGCAGACACAGAAGCGAAAAUGAAGGACCUGGAGGGGAAGGUCAAAGAGCUAGCAGAGAAAGCGGAAGCAGCCAAGACGCAACUCCUGACCCGGCUGAAAGACAUGCAAAAGAGUUUCCGACUCAUGUAUUGCGAGCUGGAGGAUUUCAAGAACAACCGAACAGAGGAAUGUUGUCCGAAAGGGUGGGACUUCUUUCGUAAAAGCUGUUACUGGGAGUCUGGAAAGAGAAAAUCCUGGGAGGAGGCCAAGGUCAACUGUGAAGUCCAAAAUGCCCACCUGGUGAUCAUUGACUCCAUUGAGGAACAGCAAUUUGUGGCCGUCCGUGUGCACCCGCAGUAUAUGUGGAUCGGCUUGACUUACACCGGCGGGAGCUGGAAGUGGGUGGAUGGGAGGCCCUAUACAUUUCGCCAAGGGGACUGGGUUCCAGGUCAGCCGGAUAACUCUUCCAGCCAUGGACUUUUGGGAGGAGAGAACUGCGUCCACUUCCACAGCGACGGCCGCUGGACCGACGACCACUGCACUCUCGACUUUGGCUGGAUAUGCGAGAUGGAGAUAACCGAUUAA